AUGGCAAGUAAUGCGUCUGUCAACGUUAUACACACGCUUCACACCAAAGGACAGCCUGACUGCAUUAAACUGUUCCCUAGCGAUAUUCUCCAAGAUGACACACUUACGGGCACAUGUUUAGCCGCCACAUACGAUUACCGUCCAGAAACGAAGUCCCGCGAAGGAAGCCUUCUGGCCUUUAACCCGUGGUGCGCCGUACAUCAGUACGUGCCUUUAGCAUUCGAAAUCAGGUUGAAUAGGUUGUUGCAAAACGACGUCAAGCAAGAUGGAAGUAUUGCAGCCUAUUCCGUGACGGAACAGCGAUCACACGGUAUUCUCUCUUGUUCUUGGAUUAAAUUGCCUGAUCACCAUGGAGCUUCGUGCGUCACCUCCAACCUCACCAUCGAGACUUUCAAGGUGGAAGCCAACAAUAGAAACAACGACGAUUCGCCGAUGUUAUCCAUGGAGCGACUCGGUGAAAUACAGCUGGACAACAAGAACGAUGUGGAUGGUUUUAUGGCGCAAAAAUGGUGCGGAAGCUUGUUGAAGGCGCAUGAAGUAGAAACGUGGAUAAGCACUUUUCAACCUGAUAACUCAAAUGUGCUCCUAACCGGUGCUGAUGAUAGUCAAAUAAAGCUUUUUGACAGGCGUAUCGCCACGGAGCCGCUCCAAACUCUGAAGUGCUUCGAUCGACACCUUAUGCGAUUUGAUAUGCGCAACAUGAAAUCGCCAAUUUCGGUCUGGCAAACAGAUGGAGCCGUGUGGUAUAUAGAUUUCGUGGAUUGGAAUAAGCUACAUGUUGCUGGAUGUUAUGACGGAGCUCUGGUAUACGCGUCGGAGGAGACGGGUGAGGCACAGCCAUUGUCAGCAACUUCCUGCGAGUUGAAAAAGCGGUUCGCCCCUGAUAAUGCCCUCAUUUAUGGAGCUUCGCAUUAUGAGCUACCAUCAGGCAAUGUUUAUAUCUCCUGCAAUUUCUAUGAGAAGCAAAUUCUGUUUUGGCAGUAG